GAUGAAUAAAUAAAAUGGGAUGGAAAGAGAUUUUGCUAGAUCUGGAGGAAAGAGGAAGAAAUACUUUAAAGAAUAUCGAAGAUGAAGACACGCUUAGAAUUACAAUUUGGUUGGGAGUUGCAACAAUAAUCUUUAUCUUGUACCGCUAUAGUUAUAAGAAGAACAAUCCAGUCGAUCAAAACAAAGAUGUUGUUAAAGAGAUGAAGGAAAAGGUCCAGGAGAUUAAAGAGUUUGUAAUUCCAAGGCAACCCCAGAGGUUCCGGAAGAGGGACCGUGUCAUGUUCUACGGAAGAAAGAUGAUGAGGAGAGUGGAGGAUAACAUGAAGCAGCUCGAGGAUGUCAGGCAAAAAAAUCAAAUACAAGGGAAAACUAUGAUCAAGAAAUUUUCUAAAAUAUUCAUAGGAGACUCCUCGGAGACUGGUUCCACUGGAGAUCGCGAAGAUGGUCGUCCAGCCGAAGACUAUCUUGAGGAGGAGGAUGAGAGUUUAAGAUCUUGGGUCCCACCAGAGUUAAAAUAUCUUUUAAACAGUUUCCACAUGUUUGGUGAGUUAGACCCAGCUGUGUUUGCAGAUAUAUAUCCAGCAAUAGAAACUAUACGCGUCCCAGCCGGUCAAUUCCUUUUCAGAAUUGGAGAACCUGAUGUGUACAUAUUUGUUGUACAGUACGGUAUUCUAGUCGUGACUUCAACUGAUGACAAGGGAACUUCAGAGAUAAAGAAAGUUGGUCCAGGAGAAACACUGACAAGCUUACUGAGCUUUAUUGACUCUUUGACCGGUCAUGCCCAGCCCUACCGGACAGUGCAGGCCCGGGCAUCAGUUGAUAGUGUAGUUCUCAGGUUGUCGGUUGAAGCAUUUUUGACAGUGUUUGAGAAAAGUCCGGAUGUGUUAAUCCGUGUUGUCCAGAUGAUAAUGGCGCGAGUACAGCGUGUUGUAUUUGUAGCUCUGCAUCAGUAUCUAGGGCUCNAUCUAGGACUCUCUAAGGAGUUAAUUAAGCCAAGAGAGGAAGAAUUUGGUUCAGAAAUGUCUUUACAGAUGGAGUUGGCUCUCGCUGGACAGGUUGAUUUGGAAAAUGCCCUUGAGGCUGCUAUCCUUGGCCUCCAACACGAGCUUCAUCUAGAGGAUGAUGUCUUCCUUAGGGAGGCUGUUCAAGGUACCUCAGGACAGAUAACUGUUAAUCUAGAUAAAUCUGGAUUCAAGAUCCAGAUUUGCGAGGCGAACUUCUACACGUGUAAGGCUCGGAGUAGAGUUCUGGUUGGUCUGCUCACUAAGACCUCGUUCUACUCCCUGGUAGCCACUAAACCGGAGGUCAUCCUCUCACUGGCACACUCAACUAUACGCAGUCUAUCUCCUCUGGUCCGGCGAAUAGAUUUUGCUCUAGAUUGGUUAAAUGUUGAAGGGGGGCGGGGGAUAACGCCCCCUCUGCAUCAACCCAACUCUAGUUAUCUUGUUCUAUCCGGUAGACUCAGGGGGUACUCCGUCAAGGGGGACACAAGAGAGUUGGUGGGUGAGUAUGGAAAGGGAGAUAUGGUUGGUAUUGUAGAUGUUAUAACAGGUAUUAUAUUUUCUUAUUUCUCAAUCUUGGGUCGUCGUCUGGUGACGAUGAGAAGUGGGGAGGACCAAGGAUCUUUGGCGGGCAAUAAAUUCAAAUAUAAUUCAGUUGCAGUUUAUCCUUCUUCACCAGAUAUUCCUACCUCAGCGUUCUGCUUGUUACUAGAGAAAUCCUUAACUUUACUAGGUCCGUCCACUCGGCUUUCUUCUGAGCAGAUACUGCAACGGUUUGGUCCUGAAGCUUUAAAACCUAGAUAUGAGUACAGGCUUAACUCCUGGCUAAAUCAACAAGUAAGACUGUUGUCAACUUGA